GUUGGGCGAUUAAGAACGAAAAAUGAAAUGUAUGAGCCCGUAAAUUCAAGUAUUUCUUUUCAAAUAUAUAUAUUCAAAUAGUUAUUCAGGUUUUACAUUUUAUUUCAUUUUUUUUAAAAGAGUAUUAUAGCUCUGUGUAUUUUGCUAGUAAGUUAGCUUAAUGGAGAAAAUGCGCUUUAAUUUAAGCUAACAUGGUUGAAGAUUUGACUAUAUGACAUAAGAAGUUAAAUGAGUUUCGGAGCUCGUUAAUACUCAAUCUUUAGCCUUUGGGUUAACUGCCGCCAUUUCUUUUUUUAGUACAUAGGGACCAACUGCCCAGUGCAAGAUGUUUGGCGUGUAUUAUUAUAAUAAGCAGCUUUAAAGUGGGUAUAGAUCAACUUUAACGUGUCUAAAUUCACUCAGAUUAAAUUUUAAAUACCAAGAUGCUCUAGUAGAUGGGUUAAAGAUUUGAAAAUUUUACAGUUACGUUUUCUCUGGUAGAUAAAAACCAUUGAUGUUUGUAUUCUGGAAAUGGAGGGAAAAUAAUGGGGUUAAUUAAGUAUUUAAAGACAGUAAUACAACAGGACUGGCAUCCAUAACUAUUCAGAACAGCUUGUUGGUUUAAUUACAGAACUUAUCCAACAAACGGCAUCAGGGAUGGUUCUGGAAAAGCAGAAUGCAAUCUUAGUUUAAAAAUCAAUACCUAAGCUUUGAACUUGUAUUGGAAAAGAGGAAUAGCAUGAUACUGCUACUUCUGCUUUCCAUAUAAUUCUACCAAGAAAAGCCUUUUUAACUUUAACUGAUAAACUGGAGUCUUUUAUGGAAAUACAGCUGUUAAACCUAACCCCAAACUGGAGGAGCUAAAAAGAUUCACAGUUCAAAGUGGGGGAAAACACACUGAGAGGGUGAUGCAGGUCGAUAAAACCAAAAUAAACUUUUGGCCAAGCAGACAUCCGUUCAGUAAAGUAAUGUUACAUGGUGGUGAGAGCAUGGUGCUGUGUGGAUGCUUUCCUCCAGCAGGCAUGGGAAACCCGAUUUAGACCCAAAAGAACUCUCUACAGUAAAAAGUAUGGGGUGGAUCUGAUCAGGUACACACAUGCUGCAAACACAGUGGUCUACAGUUCCAAUAAAAUUGAUGACACUAUACGGUAUUUGUCUCUUCAUGACAACAAGUAUAUCCGAUACUUUCCUGGACAUAACAAAAGAGUGACUUCUUUGUCGAUGUCUCCUGUGGAUGACACGUUUAUUUCCGGCUCAUUAGACAAAACUAUCAGGCUGUGGGAUCUGCGUUCGCCAAACUGCCAGGGGUUGAUGCACCUUCAGGGGAAGCCAGUGUGCUCGUUUGACCCAGAGGGCCUAAUUUUUGCAGCUGGAAUAAAUUCAGAGAUGGUUAAACUUUAUGAUCUGAGAUCAUUUGAUAAGGGUCCCUUUGCAACUUUUAAGCUUCAGUACGAUCGGACAUGUGAGUGGACGGGACUCAAGUUUAGCAACGAUGGUAAACUCAUCCUUCUUUCAACUAACGGCGGCGCCCUUCGCAUCCUGGAUGCUUUUAAAGGAGCUGUGCUGCAUUCUUUUGGGGGGUAUAACAACAGUAAAGGUGUAACCCUAGAGGCUUCCUUUACUCCAGACUCUCAGUUUGUAAUGAUCGGCUCAGAGGAUGGAAAGAUCCACGUGUGGAACGCAGAGAGUGGGAUGAAGGUGGCCUUAUUAGACGGGAAGCACACCGGCCCAAUUACCUGUCUGCAGUUCAAUCCAAAGUUCAUGACGUUUGCCAGUGCCUGCUCCAACAUGGCUUUCUGGCUGCCGACCAUCGAUGACUAAGGACAAAACUGAAGAAUGUGUCGCAGGAGCCAAUGGCCAGCAGGGGGCGUUGUAAAAAGAAAAUUUAUAUUCAAGUUGUAAAUAAUCAGUUGUAGGAA